ACGGUAACACAAUUAUCAAUAUUUUUUAUUUUUUGCGCUUAUAUAUUUAUAUACAUUCAUAAAUUAAGGUGUUAAUAAAAAAUAUUGUGUGAAUAUUUUAGUUGUCAAUGUUUAAAUAAUGGAUCAACUAACUUCUGCAAAACAUUUAAGCACAAUGUACGACUCUAACGGAGAAUCAGAUUUUGCGUUACUAAGGCGAAUUAAAAUGGAACCAGACACAAUAUUAUCACAUGAUGACGAUAUCAUGGCACAGUUACACCAAGACAGUUCAGAUUUGGAAGUCGAGCCUAGUUUUGCAUUAGAACAACUCAACGAGGAAGAUACUAACCCUGAAAAUCUUCAUAUGCAACACAUGGACAUUAGACAACCUCUGUCAACGUUGAAAAUGUUACUGGAGCAAAAAUUAAACUUUGACUUGAGCGAUUUUCAAUUUUGGCUCCAAGAUGCCCAAGUUUUGGAGAGUCAUAAAAAUUUAGUUGACCAAUGCGUUCAAGGUGAAGGUCUGGUACAAGUAAAUGUAAAAAUAAAUUUAGCACAAAAAAAAAUAAACAUUGUUGAUGUUUUAAAACCUGCUGAAGACUAUGUUCAAGUAGAGGAUCAAUCUCCAGAACCAGCUCAAGAAGAAAAAAAAGUUAUUAAAUGGACGGUUGAUACUCAUUAUAAACAAGAACAAGAUCGUUUGAAAAUACCGAGUGAUCCGAUGGAGUGGUCACAAACUCACGUAAAACAUUGGCUGCAGUGGGCAGUUAGACAGUUUAAUCUUACAUCAAUACGAUUAGCUGAUUGGAAUAUAAUUGGCGAACAAUUGUGCAACCUUGAACUUGAAGAAUUUAAAACAAAGGUUCCAAAUGACAAGGGUGACAUAUUUUGGACCCAUUUAGAAUUGUUGAGAAAAUGUAAAUUAGUCACUGUCAUUCAAAAAGAUCAGCCUGAAAGCUCCCAGGACAGUAAUAAAACUCUGAAAAUCCGUAAUCAAAAACCGACGAAACCACGAGCAGUUAUCAACCAGCAUCCCCGAUUAGUCAGUAUGCCUUUAGUAGAGCCACCCCAGCAAAUACCUCUGGCAACUUCGAGCCGCGCUGUUACUAGUAGUCAAAUACAACUGUGGCAGUUUUUGUUAGAGCUACUGACAGAUCGUGAACACAGAGAACAUAUUGAGUGGGUCGGAAGCGAGGGUGAAUUUAAGUUACAUAAGCCGGAUAAAGUUGCGAGUUUGUGGGGCAAACGGAAAAAUAAACCUUCGAUGAAUUACGAAAAGUUGAGUCGCGCUUUACGGUAUUACUAUGACGGCAACAUGAUUUCUAAGGUCCAGGGUAAGAGAUUUGUGUAUAAGUUCGAUUGUGAUUUAAAAAAUCUGCUUGGUUAUUCUGCUGAAGAAUUAAGUAAUAUUGUUAAUGAAUCCCCUAAGUAUUGUUGAUAGAUACAAAACAAUAUAGCGAUGGCUUUAUUUAUAGAAAUAAUUUACAAAAAAUUAAUUACGAAAAAUAUGUUUAAAACUGAAUCACAUAAAAUAAAAAUAAUAACUUGUCAUAAAAAAUAAGAUAUACUAAGUGCAUAAUGAACCGGUUGUGAUAAAAAAUGAAUAUUCUCAAUUUUAUGGGGAUAAAAAAUUAAAAAUCAAGCCAUCGAUAUUUAAUAAUAAUGUUAAUAAAUCAUUUAAAUUUAUAAGUCUGUGGUUUAAUACAAUUUUUAUAAACCAGGAGCUGUAAAUUAUCUUUAUUUAUAUUAUCAUGUUAUAAUAAUAAUUACUAAUUACUAUAAUGAUGAAUAUAUUUGUGUAUUUUUGUAUGAUAACAAAUUACAAUAUAGUGGAGUUAACAAUUCUUGUUAUUAUACAAA